AAAAACAUUCUUGAAUGAAAGACUGUAAGAUACAAAUAUAAAACAGCAAGCGCCCUUCAUUCACAGCAGAAGUAUUGAGUAUUGCAAAUAGUUUCAGCACGACCAAGUUUGCCUUUAAAUAUCAAUACCUUGACCCCUCGGAAACUGGAAUUCUUGAUUUUGUUAGUUUCAAAUAGAAGUCAGUUAUCAAGCCCCACAAUAUGACCUCAGGCUUUAGCGCAGUAGUCCUUACUGUGUUGUGUCUUCUCAGUCUGAUUUUUGCCGCAACUAUUACCCGCAAUACCUAUAUAUCUCCCAGAACAGAAUUCAGUACUUCAGAUAUCACAGUUAAUGCCAACACAUAUUACUACAUGCUUGACAUACUCGAUGUAACGGUCCUGGGAUCUUUUCGGAAUAAUGGGCAAUUCUUCUUGCAUAUGUCAAACAAUCGGUCGACUUCGGUGAGAAUGACAGGAAACCACUUCGAAAAUGCUGGAGUAUUUGUUUUUCGCUCAUUUGAAUUGAGAACGUUUUCUGAUUAUCAAGUCACACCUUCUGGACCUUUCCUUAAUACCGGAGAUAUGUACUUCGGGGUCCACAAUGCCGUCUACGAUUCAUUGCCAUUUUCCGUCACGUCUUUAUCCUCAUGGUCCAACACUGGUAUGAUGGUAUUUGUUUCAGAAUAUGGGGAGCCAGCCGAUUUACAAUUGCAAUGUCAUGAUGAAAAUGGAAUUCAAACAUCUAUAACAAACAAUGGUACAAUCUUCUUCACGAAUAUUCAUUGGAAGGCACGCACAAAUAUAAAAGGAAAUGGAUGUAUGGUAUUGGGUUCUGGUGUACUGGUAGACUUGUAUUAUUCCGAAAGCAUGCAAGGUAUAGCGGGAAAUCAAACUAUUUACUUAGCCGACCCUUAUUCAUGGUUGAGAGUUAUUGGAAUAGAAACCCGUGAGGGUGGCGCACCUACUCUCAAAGUCGCAGGGCUUGGUAAUGGGAAUGCAAUUAUAGUCCAAGCCUAUGGAUCCAUUAGCAGCGUUCACUAUUCCAAGAAAAAUGGAUUGCUAAAAGUUUACAUCGACGACGUUGUAAGGAUCAUUUUCAACAUUGGUACGGGUUAUGGGAAUUUCCAAAUAACCGGUGGUUACAUUUCCUACAGUGAACAGCCUCCAAACAAUCCUCCUACAAUUUGCGAACGUAGUUCUGUAUUUCCUUCGAGACGACUCUGAGACAACGUUCUUCUGGUCAUGGGAUGAGACAUCCAGCCCGCUUUCGUCUGUUCGAAAGCUGGUUUCUAUUUCGCUAAGUAGUCAAUAAAUGUGUUAACAUAAAUCAUCACGGAGAAGCGGUAUACUGCAUAUAGUGAGCAGGACCGGG